AUGCGGAACUUCUCGGCGAUUUUGUUUGUAUUCUGGUUGGUAGCGUCAAUCCUUUCAGUUAAAGCUUCAGCUAUCAGCAAAAGUCGAGAGAAUUAUACAGUUCAGUAUUUCUUUUCCAUCAGAUGGGAGUUUUUCGAGUUAGACUGGUGGAAAGUACCAGUUGAGUUCAAAAGUUCAAAUAAUACAAAUGACUUCGGCACAAGACGCAAUAGCGAUGGAUCAAAAAGUCCAUACAAUCGUUUUGGCCACCAUUAUGAAUAUGUAUAUGAAACACCAACUGUUGCUGAAGAAAAACCAAAACUUUUAUUCUCAUAUGGUAUAUGCUUACUUAUAUUAAUGCUAUACUAUAAAGGCAGUAUUGGUCCAAACUCAAACACGCACCAAAUGUUUGAACAAAUUGGAAAAGUGAUAACAUAUCAGCCAAAAAAGCAAUCUAUAUAUCAGAAGCCGAAGCGUUUGAAUGAUUCAAGCGACGUAUUUCCAAUGAAUCAUUCAAAAAUGAUGAAUAUUAAUCAUAUUGCUGCUGCUAUUAAAGAAAGUAACGAUGCUCAGAAACGUGCGCAGAAGGAAUAUGAAACUGUACGUCAACUUGCAGAUGAAAUAUUCUCUCAAGCUGAGCAACAAUUAUCGCGAUUUCCAACUUUUGACAUUCCGCGUUUCCAGCAAAUAUUUUUGAAUGAAGCAAUCUCAUCACCACAAUUAGCAAAUAAGAUAAAUUUAAAUAAAUUUCCAGUAAUGCAUAAAAAUCACCAAAAUUUCGCUCAAAAUACCCACAAUAAAUUUAAAAAGAAGCGUAACAGACGCAAAGACGUAAGAAAUACGGAACACAAAAUUAUUAAAUCUGCGAAAAAAUAUGAGAAAUUACGGAACACUAACCGAAAAAAAUGGAAUAAAAAGAAGAAUGCUGACGCAAGUUAUCGCAUGUUUGGUAUUCUGCCUGAUUUCGAUCCUAGAUUUCCGUUUGAUCGAGCUUAUAGAUUGAUGGAAGACCUCCGACCUUCCGAAUUAUGGGAAUUUCUACCAGAAACCGAUAAUAGAUGA